AUGGUCGUCCGGUCCCUCGAAGUGGAUAAAGACCCAUUUAGACCCAAAGAAGAUAAUGAAGAAAUGUUAGGGCCAGAAGUUCCCUAUCUGAGCACCAUUGGAGUACUUCUUUAUCUCGCAAAUUGUACCAGGCCUGAUAUUGCAUUUGCGGUGAACUUGCUAGCAAGGUACAGUGCUUAUCCUACAAGGAGGCAAUGGAAUGGCGUUAAACAUAUCCUUCGCUAUCUUCAAGUAUCGGGUCUGCAACCUCUCCAUCCAAACCCUGAGAAGGAGAGGUUGCCUCAAUGGAGCCAGCAAGAGACAAAAGAUCUGAUAGCGAUUAGGGCUGAUUUAGAGAGGGAUUUCAAUGUGUCGAGGAGGAACAAGACGCUGUGGGAGGCGGUGGCGACGAGGAUGAGGGAGAGAGGGUAUCGGAGGAGCCCUGAGCAGUGUAAAUGCAAGUGGAAGAAUCUCGUCAAUCGGUACAAGGGAAAAGAAACAGCAGAUCCCGACACUGGCAGGCAGUGUCCAUUCUUCGAUGAGCUUCACGCAGUAUUCACAGAGAGGGCAAGAAACAUGCAGCGUCUCCUCGAGAUGGAGUCUGGUGGUGCCUCCCAAUCCAAGAAGAAACUCAAGAGACUCGCUGGAGAUAGAUCUUCAGAAGAAUUACUAUCCGACGAUGAAGAUGACGACGAUGAAGAAAGUGAUGUAGAGCGCCCAACAAAAGGCAAGAAGAAGAAAACCGAAAAAGUAGCACACCAACAAAAAGCAACAGAGAAAUCAAGAACAGGAAAUAACAGUAACAUUCACGAGGUGCUGCAGGAGUUUUUUCAGCAGCAACAGAGAAUGGAGUUACAGUGGCAGGAGAUGAUGGAGAGGAGAGCUCAAGAGAGAGCGAGGUUUGAGCAGGAGUGGAGGCAGUCGAUGGAGAAGCUGGAGAGGGAGAGGAUUAUGUUGGAGCAAGCUUGGAGAGAGAGGGAGGAGCAGAGGAGGAUGAGGGAAGAGAGCCGCGCAGAGAAAAGAGAUCAGCUGCUUACGACGCUGUUGAAUAAGCUUAUUCAGGAUGAGCUUUGAUUGCUUGUUUAGUUUCUGGUUUCUGCUGGAUCUGCACAGAACAAUAGUACAGUUAUAAACUGACAUAAACAGGAAACGUUCUCUAUAGGUUGUUUGUUACUGAAAAGAAAAGAGAUAGAUGUUGUUUGUUGUUUUAUGGACUAUGGAUGUAUUUGAUGUUUGAGCUCUGUGCAUGUAGAUUGUAUGAAUUCUUUACUCUAUGAGAAGUUAAAAUUUAUUUGAAUGUUAAUGUUUGUUCUUCUUCAAA